AUGCAAUCGCAGGCCAAGCAGCUUGAUACUGCCACAUUUGGAUACGACUUCAGAGAGACCUCCAGCAGCAGCCAUGAGAGCGUCGUGAAGAAGGUCAAAAAGAGCGAUAUCUCUGCAACCUUUGAUCACCAAGGUGUGUACCUGUGUGUCAAGGCAUAUGGGGAGGCGAAUUUGACAUAUUCCCUGCGGGCGACACUCUCGCAGUGCCCAGCCGAUUUCAACAAAGAAGGCGAGCAGCUUCUGUGCAGCUCCCCGCUGAACGGCCCAGCUUCCGAGCAGCGCUACAGUCAGUGCUUGAGCGACGGCACCUGCGCGUGCAAGCCGCCCUACAACAAGCCAAUCGAGGACGUGUAUCCAUUGCUGGGUUUUGAGGACUGCUCAGCGAAGACGGACAGUGUCACUGCCGCAGAACUGUCCCUGGCCAAGCCUUAUAUCAAGGAGCAUGAGGAGCUGGCACCGAAGGCAUGGUCCUUCUACGGCUUUGACAUCACCCCGGACGACUACCAAAUUGUCAUCAAUGUGGCCACGGAAGCUGGUGGUCCUGAUGAUGCAUGUGCUGAAGAGGGGUUCUUCGGGCUAUUCGCCAAGUUUGGGAAGCCGCCAGGGUGGCGGUAUGGCGAGUGGGAUUUCCGGCCGGACUGGGACUAUUUCGGGGCGGAGGACGAUGAGCUGGAGAUACGCCUGGAUGCCACCAAAGAGGCCUGGCAGACAGGGCGCUGGUUUGUGGGAGUGAACGGAGAUGAUGCGCACACAUGCAAUUACACGCUGUCCAUCUCCAAGUACAACUGCCCAAUGAACUGCAGCAACCGCGGCACCUGCGUCUCCGCAGCCAACGGAACCCGCUCCUGCGACUGCUUCAAGGCAGGCACCUCUGCUCAUGGCUUUUUUGGGGAGGACUGCUCAAACGAGGCAGAGCACCUGCAGUAUGGCGUGCCGGUGAUCAAGCCCGAGUCCAAUUUUGAGUACGACUUCUUCCAGCUUCCUGAAAUCAGCCCCGCCAUGCUGACGCACAGCGUGGAGGGUGACUUGCACAGCGAGCCUCACACCGCCAACUACACCUUCAAGCAGGUCAUGCAGCUGCAGAACACCACUUACGAGAUCGACCUGUGCCCCUCACAGCUGAAGCAAGGUGUGUGGCGGGCAGCAAUCUACAACCCCAUGCGCAUCUACAAGCUGGCCUACAACCUGACCACCGUCAAGGAGGGGCGCUGCCUGAACAACUGCACCGGCCACGGCACAUGCAGCGACGACGCUGUGUGCCACUGUCUCGACAACUGGACCGGAGGAGACUGCUCCGUCUAUGCGCGCGGCGGCUCCUGCUCACCAGGGUCCAGAAAACCCACCCUCAUACCGGAGGCGCACGGCACAUGCUGGCACGAGUGCCGCUGCGAUGCAGCCGGCAACUGCGCGUACUCGGAGAAUGAGUGCGCCGACUUCACCUGUGAGAGCGCCCUGUGGCGAAGGCAGGGCACCGCCAACGCUUGCGUGCUCGACAAGUGCAAAAAGGAUUUGUGGGAGGAAACGGACAGUCACAGCUGCCUGAAGCCGUGCGUGUGCCCUGCGGACGGCUCAGCAUGCGCGCCGGCCGCUGCCUGCGAUGCAACACACUUUUCGUGCAAGGCCGGCUGGCGCCGCUUCUCGGACGGCCAGGCCAAGUGCUUCCAGCCGGGCUGCCAGGCGGGCAGCCUGCAUGAGGCCGUGGGCAGGAGCGUGGCCAAUGGGCAGGCCUACGCCGUGUGCACCUGCACAGGGGAGGAGAAGGAGGGGCAGCCGUCAUGCACGGUGGGGGCUGGAGAGGAUGCGGCCUUCGUGGUUUCGUGCAAUGAGGGCUACAUGCUGAAGGGGGCGAGUUCAGUGCCGGGAAGCGGUGUGAGGGUAGGGGGCAGCUGCGCCAUGGCUGGAAAGAGGGGGAGCGUGGUGGCUGCCAUCUUCUUAAAUCUCUUUGAGAUCCUGGUCAGCGGAGUGGCUGGCGCCGGCGCGUUGUGGCUGUAUGAGAACCGCUUCAGGAGGAGCACUGUCAAUGCUGCGCUGUAUCACGAACUGUCGAUGGACACUGGAUUCUGA